UAAGAAUACUAACGGGCGGUCGGGCGACCUGACAAACGUACGUGUGAUGACGCAACAGUGCUCCAGGACGCUCGUGGACACGAGUACUGUCUCUUUAAAUUUACCCAGGAGCCCCUUAAGGAGCCCCAGGGGCCCCUCGUCCGGCUCCCCACCCUUAAGACAAGCAAGAGCUUCAGAAAUUCGCGACUGGAGGCCCACGCUCACGCCUUUGCUGCACCUUUUCCACGUCACGGGAGAGCCCCGAUGAAAAGUUAACUUGUCAAGAGAGAGCGCGAGGCUGGGGGGCGGAGGGGGGUAGGUUUACAUUGACAGGGUCGCGCGCGCGCACGCACACGCACGCACGCACGCGUCGUCGGAGCUGCCGUGCGAUGCCAGAUGAGUGUCCCCAACGUGCUCAUGCGCGCGUGACACGUCCCGGAACCGGAGCGAGCGCGGGAUGGACGUCGCCGCCGCCGCCGCCGCCGCCGCCGCCGAGCUUCGGCGUUGCGAGCAAGCUCGGCCGGAGCCGCUCUCAUUAACCGUACGCGGGGACGAGGAGGAGGAGGAGGAGGGAGAGGCGGCGCGCGGGCACGGCGACUGGGGAGCGGAAGACGCGCUCGCCAACGGCCACGCCUCCCGAGACGAAUCCGAGGAGGGCUCGGCGGGACCCGUCCGAUCGCCGGGCACCAGCUACUGGAGCAUCAGCGAGAGUCCCGACCGGCCCCUCAUCCUGUCGCCGGCGCCCGGUCCGUCGUCGGGACGCAAAGUGCGGCGUGCGUCGCGCCCGGGCCUGAGCCGCAUCCCGGGCCGCGACCACCGGCGCUACUACCACGAGUACUGGCGCAGCGAGUACCUGAUGGACUUUGACCCGCUGCGCCACGGCAUGAUCUGCAUGGUGUGCGGCAGCUCGCUGGCCACCCUCAAGCUGAGCACCAUCAAACGCCACAUCCGCCAGAAGCAUCCCGACUCGCUGCUGUGGAGCGCCGCCGACAAGGAGGUCAUCCGCUCGGGCUGGGAGAGCCACCUGAGCCUCGCCGCCCCGCCCGUCCAGGCCUCACCUCGGGGGGAGCGAGAGGCCGACGCUGCCGCCGCACCGGCCGAGUCCCAACUGCAACAGAGAAGGAACCUCUUUCCCCGGCCCGAGGCGGGAGACGCCGGCCAUGCGGAAGACGAGGCGGCGGCGGCGGCGGCGGCGGAGAUCCGCACGCUGGAGUGCUACCUGAACGCGUCGCUGCACGCGUGGUUCCGCCAGGAGUUCCUGAUGGAGUACGAGGCGGAUGCGGGCCGGCUGCUGUGCAUGCUGUGCGGCGGCCAGCUUCCCUCGCUGCACCUGGACCACAUCAAGAGCCACGUGCUCCAGCGCCACCCCGACUCGCUGGUUUACACCUCCCAGCAGAAGCACUGCGUCCUGCAGGCCUGGGCCCAGGCGCACGACGAGUCGGAGGGCUCGAUCCAGUCGGAGGCCGACGACGGAGGCGAGCGGGACCCGUCGCCGUCCGGGGACGCGGGUCCGCUCGGCCAAGACGGCGGGCCGGAUGCCGUACGGCCGUGCCCCGCCCGCAUGGAGCGGCGCCGCGGCGCCUGCGGCGAAUCGUGGCAGCUGCGCCUGGACUACCUGGUGGCGUACGGGCCCCGGGGCCGUCGGGUCUACUGCAUGGUGUGCUCGCAGGUGCUGCGCGGGACCCAAGUACGCAGCUUCCGCCGCCACAUCCAGCAAUGCCAUCCCCAGACGCUGAGCCUGAGCCAGGAGGAGCGGGAAGCCGCCGCCGCCGCCUGGACCAAAGAGUACUGUGCCGACGGCAUCCUCGCCCAAGACGGUGGGUGGGUUGGGGAGCUUGCAGAACCCAUCUUAUGUCAAGGGCCAGAAAACGAAAAUGAUCUGCAAAAAUGUCCAAAAAAAAUUAACACGAGCGAUGCCGCCGCUGUUCCGACCGCCGACGAAGCCCCGAACGAGGACACCAAAUGCUCGGUGAAAGAAGAAGAAGAGGAGAAGGGCGAGGACGGAGGAGUGAAGGACACAAGCAAGGACGCCGCCCCGCGCCACGGUCACUACGCGGGCAAGGACCAGCGGCGCAACUACCAGGUGCGCUGGCGCAGGGACUUCCUGAUGGACUACGACUGCCGGCGCCACGGGCUGAUCUGCAUGGUGUGCGGCGCGGCGCUGGCCACGCUGAAAGUGAGCACCAUCAAGCGCCACAUCCAGCAGGUGCACGCGCACUCGCUACGCUACGGAGACGCCGAGCGGCGCCGCGCCGCGCUGUCCUACGACCGCAACGCCAAAAGCUUUGUCCACGCCGACGACUGCUUCCUGUCCCGGGAUCACGCCCGCACAGACACAGGGCACUUUGCCACUUAAGGGGGGGGGGGGGG